CGGUGCUUGUGAGGGAGGAGGAGGGCGCACAGCGACCUGUGUACUAUGUGGCCCGAGUGCUGCGAGGGGCGGAGUUGAGAUAUACCAACAUGGAGAAGACCAUCUUUGCGGUAGUGUGUACAGUGAAAAAGCUCACCCCAUAUUUUCAAGCCCAUCCGGUCCAUGUGUUAUCACAAAUUCCCAUCGGAACGCUUCUUCGAAGCCCAAAUGCCCCGUCACGGGUCAGCAAGUGGGGAGUGUUCCUGGGAUCCUUUCAAAUAGAGUUCAAGCCGCGACCGGCGAUAAAGGGGCAAGCAUUAGCAGAUUUCGUGGUAGAAUGCACUGCGAGGGAGGUAGAAUCUAGUGCAGAAGAACCCGAGGGGAAUUGGUGGACCGUGUACACCGAUGGGUCGUCCGCGACUGAUGCUUCGGGGGGAGGUUUCGUGGCGAUAUCUCCGGAAGGGUUCAAGGCAUACUACUCCGUGAGAUUCCGGUUUAAAGUCUCAAACAAUGAGGCAGAAUAUGAGGCACUGCUUUGCGGCUUGAGGUUGGCAGCCUCAUUAAAAGCUGAGCGAAUCCAAGUCCGGUGCGAUUCCAAGCUAGUGGUAGGCCACGUCACUGGAGAAUUUGAGGCCAAGGAUGAACGAAUGAAGAAGUAUAGAGACACUGCCCUGGAGUUGCUUAAAGCAUUCGGGGCGUACCGGAUAGAGCAGGUUCCUCGGGAAGAGAACGCUGAAGCAGAUAUCUUGUCAAAGCUUGGUCCGGAUUCCCCGGAUCAUAUUAAGGCAAUGACCGAGGAAGAAGAGUUGCUCGAGCCAAGCAUCAGUCCCGGACAAGUGCUGAUCAUCACACUCAAAGAGGAGCUGGAUUGGAUUGAUGAGAUUACCAUGUACAUCCUUGACGGGUCGCUACCUAUCGACCCAAUCGUGGAAAAGGUGGUGAAGCGACGUGCACCCAGCUACACGCUGGAGUGCGGUCGGCUGUAUAAGCGAUCGUACAAUGGUACAUUGUUGAGGUGCUUAAGAGCGGGCGAGGCACAGAAGUUAAUGGAGGAAAUCCAUAAGGGAAUAUGUUCAGCACAUCAGGGAGCCUUCACGAUGUCCAGGAAGGUGACCCUACAAGGAUACUUUUGGCCAACGAUUAUCAGAGAUUGCGCAGAGUACGUGCGCAAAUGCAAGGUUUGCCAGGAAUUCCAAAGGAUGCCAGGGCGACCGGCGACGAAUUAUACCCCGAUAAGCACAGCGAUUCCUUUUGCCCGCUGGGGCAUCGAUCUGGUCGGUAUUUUGCCUCGGGGGACAGGGAACAACACAUACCUGGUGGUCGCGAUUGACUACUUCACCAAGUGGGUCGAGGCCGUCCCCGUGCCAACCAUCACUGCGGAACAGAUGACGAAGUUCGUUUCCAAGAAAAUCUUGUGCCGAUUUGGGGUGCCCCAGCAGAUCAUCACUGACAACGGAACCCAAUUCGAGGCCGGAGGGUUCAAUGAGUUUCUACAGAGCUGGGGCAUAAAACACAGCUAUGCAGCGGUCGGGUACCCCCAAACCAAUGGGCAGGUUGAGAACACCAAUCAUACCAUCAUGGACGGCCUCAAGAAGAAGAUAAUGGAAUGCAAAAGUGCCUGGGUGGAAGAAGUGCCCUAUAUUUUCUGGACCUACAGAACUACCCCAAGGAAGGCCACAGGUGAAACUCCUUUCUCGCUCACAUAUGGAUUUGAAGCAAGGGCUCCAGCGGAGACCUCGUUGUUAAGUUAUAGAGUAGAGACGUUUGAUGCUCAAGGAAAUGAGGAGAACCUGAGGGCAGAACUGCACCUCAUUGAUGAGCGAAGGGAAAGGGCAUAUAUGCGGGCAGAAAACUACCGCCGGCAGGUCAAGUCAUAUCACGACCAGCGGGUGCGACCAAGGCAGUUCAAGGUGGGCGACUGGGUCCUUCGGAAGAGGGAGGUCAGCCGGCCGACCGAUGGAGGGAAGUUUGCUAAAAGCUUCGAGGGGCCAUAUAUCAUAAAGGAGGUGUUGGCUGAUGGGACAUUUAGAUUGUAGACUCCAACCGGUGGCGACGUUCCGCGAGUAUGGAAUGCCGCCAACCUUAUCAAAUUUUAUCAAUAGAUUGUAUUCCAACCAUGUCUUUUUCUUGAGAUUUAAUAAAACCAGCUUUCUGGCACAUCUUGUCUCUGAUUCUCCAAAAAAAAAGGAAAAAAAAGGGGGGAGCGACCACAAGAGAUCGCUAAAAUUGCACGGUGAUUCGUGCUAAGAUACCCAGUAGUGGGUGAAGCGUCGAACCCUUUCAAGCGACCAAGGUUGAAGACGACUCCGUGGCAAGAAAGCCUGAGAGAACGG